AUGGAGGCAGAAAAAGAUCUUGAGGACGCUGUUUCGGAAGCCAGAGCUGUUGUAACCACCAAGUUUUGCGGUGCCGAGGUUGCCGUGGUGGGUCUGUCUCCGUGUUAUUGGUCUCAUAUUUCCAUGCAUAUUGCCGAUAUCCAUCACCUCCAACUGGUGAAUGGGAUUCCUUGUCUACAAAGAUGCAAUACUCAGAAUAACCAACAACAGUGCUAUCCCGUCUCCAAGUGUUGUUUGGUCGGCACUAUUGCCUACGAAGCCUCCUCCCACAAAUUUGUCUUGGACGAUGGCACCGGACUUGUGGAUGUGAUCUUUUGGGGAGGACCACUACACGCCGAUCAAGGCAUUUAUGCCCUACCUCCAUUGGCUACUUCUACUACAGAUCAUCAUCCGUCGACCCAAUCAUUGUGGAGUGUGGGAGACCGUGUCCGAGUACUGGGACGGAUCGAAUGCAUGUCGGUGAGCGAACACUGUCACCGCGUCAACAUGAUGGAAACUGUACCGGUGGAACUACGAAAGGGCAUGUUUGAAAUUCAUGCCAGCAUCAUGGAGCCACUCGUACAACCCAAUGACAACAACAAUACUAAUAACAAUGAGUUGAAUUGGGAAGCCAACCAUUGGAUCAAGAGUAUUCAGGCCACCCAACCGGCAACAAAUACUGACAACCCCAUCGGUCUACGCAAUGCCAAUGACACAGUAACGUGGUUGGGACCCAAAAUUGCCAAUGACGUGUGUCAUCGACGAAAAUUCCCAAGUGCCGACGACACAUUGGGGGCGUGGAGAGUCUUUGGGGUGCAUUGCCAUUGUGACGUCCCCUACAAGGAUGCCUUGCUCUACUGCCACUGUCAAGCCACUCCGGAACCCCUCGAUCCAAAUUUUCAAUACCGAGAUGCCCUCUUGCAAGUCCUAUUGCAAAUGGAACAAGAACAUCAUCAUCGACAACAACAAGAAAACAUGGAUCUGCGAUUCAUCUACCGGACCGUGGCCAAUCACGCACCAUUGAAUCAAGUAGCCAUGCAAGUUGUUUCGCAACAAGGAUCCGUCCAACAACUCGUCGUGGCCACCUUUCGAGCGCUGCGCAAGGAUGGAAUUCUUUACCUCUUGGACGAAAAGACGGACACCUAUCUCCUGCUUUCCACACAAAGUGUUUUGGAACCCUACGUGACAAGGGCCAAAUCACGGAGAUGGAGGCGUGUGCCAAUCUACCUCCAACAAGUGCCAUCUGCUCGCAUACAAUAUGUGAAACGAUGUCUUGACAAGACCAAUGGGUGA